AUGCUUAUUCCGUGCAGGGCGAUUGGCGUGGGGAUUGGCCAAAACCUACUCUUGAGCAAACUUACGACAACGGUGCCGGCAUAUACGAGUGCUGUGUCCCCCUUCGAAGUCAUAGCCGUUGGGGCUACUGGUCUGGGCAAGAUUGCGCCUACUUUGGAGAUCCUCCAUGAACUCCGCCUUGCAUACUCUGAAGCUGUUCGCAGUCCGCUGAUUCUCGCGCUUGCAGCAGCAUGUUUCGCCUUCCCAUUCUCUUGUUCUAUGGAGUGGUUGAAUAUCAAACGAGUUGCUGAAGAGAGGAAGCGACAGAAGGCAGAGAUUGAAGAACCCACGCAUCAGAGGCCUGAGAAAGUAAAUGUGGCGCUGGCGACUGAAGAUGGAACGACGAAGACAGAGGCCAUGGGAGAUUGA